UCCACUUUUACUGCUACUACUACUACCUCCACUUCUACUGCUACUACUACUGCCACCAAAUCUACUGCUAUUACUACUACCACCACUUCUACUGCUACUACUACUAAAUCCACUUCUACUACUACUACUACUACAACCACCACCACUUCUACUGCUCCUACUACUACCUCCACUUCUACUGCUACUGCUACUACCUCCACUUCUACUGCUACUACUACUACUGCCACCACUUCUACUGCUAUUACUACUACCACCACUUCUUCUGCUACUACUACUACCACCAUUUCUACUGCUACUACUACUACCUCCACUUCUACUACUACUACUACUACUAAUACUACUACUACCACCACUUCUACUGCUACUACUAGUACCUCCACUUCUACUGCUACUACUACUACUACCACCACUUCUACUGCUACUAUUGCUACCUCCACUUCUGCUGCUACUACUACUAUCACCACUUCUACUGCUACUACUACUACCUCCACUUCUACUGCUACUACUACAAACACUACUUCUACUGCUACUACUACUACCACCACUUCUAUUGCUACUACUACCACUUCUACUGCUACUACUACUACCACCACUUCUACUGCUACUACUACUACCUCCACUUCUGCUGCUACUACUACUACCACCACUUCUACUGCUACUACUACUACAUCCACUUCUACUAUUACUACUACCACCACUUCUCCUGCUACUACUACUACCACCACUUCUACUGCUACUACUACUACCUCCACUUCUGCUGCUACUACUACUACCACCACUUCUACUGCUACUACCACCACUUCUACUGCUACUACUACUAGCACCACUUCUCCUGCUACUACUACUACCCCCACUUCUACUACUACUACUACUACCACCACUUCUACUGCUACUACUACUACCUCCACUUCCACCACUACGACUACUACUACCACCACUUCUACUGCUACUACUACUACCUCCACUUCUACUGCUACUACUACUACCACCACUUAUACUGCUACUACUACUACCUCCACUUCUACUGCUACUACUAUUACCACCACUUCUACUGCUACUAAUACUACCUCCACUUCUACUGCUACUACUACUACCACCACUUCUACUUCUACUACUACCACCACUUCUACUGCUACUACUACUAUCUCCACUUCUACUGCUACUACUAUUACCACCACUUCUAUUGCUACUAAUACUACCACCACUUCUACUGCUACUACUAAUAACACUACUUCUACUGCUACUACUACUACUACCACCACUUCUACUGCUACUACUACUAGCACCACUUCUCCUGCUACUACUACUACCCCCACUUCUACUACUACUACUACUACCACCACUUCUACUGCUACUACUACUACCUCCACUUCCACCACUACGACUACUACUACCACCACUUCUACUGCUACUACUACUACCUCCACUUCUACUGCUACUACUACUACCACCACUUCUACUGCUACUACUACUACCUCCACUUCUACUGCUACUACUAUUACCACCACUUCUACUGCUACUAAUACUACCUCCACUUCUACUACUUCUACAACUACUACUACUACAACCACUUCUAAUGCUACUACUACUGCCUCCACUUCUACUACUACUACUACCACCACUUCUACUGCUGUUACUACUACCUCCACUUAUACUACUACGACUACUACCUCCACUUCUACUGCUACUACUACUACCACCACUUCUACUGCUACUACCACCACUUCUACUGCUACUACUACUACCUCCACUUCUACUACUACUACUUCUACUACUACUACUACUACUACUACUAAUACUACUACCACCACUUCAACUGCUACUACUACUACCUUCACUUCUACUGCUACUACUACUACCUCCACUUCUACUGCUACUACUACUAACACUACUUCUACUGCUACUACUACUAACACUAAUUCUACUGCUACUACUACUACCUCCACUUCUACUGCUACUACUACUACUACCUCCACUUCUACUGCUACUACUACUAACACUACUUCUACUGCUACUACUACUAACACUAAUUCUACUGCUACUACUACUACCUCCACUUCUACUGCUACUACUACUACCUCCACUUCUACUGCUACUACUACUACUAACACUACUUCUACUGCUACUACUACUGCCACAACUUCUACUGCUACUACUACUACCACCACUUCUACUGCUACUACUACUAACACCACUUCUACUGCUACUACUACCACUACUUCUACUGCUACUACUACUACCACCACUUCUACUGCUACUACUACUACCACCACUUCUACUGCUACUACUACGACCACCACUUCUACUGCUACUACUACUACCAUCACUACUACUACUACUACUACUACCCCCACUUCUACUGCUACUACUGCUUCUACUGCUACUAUUACUUCCUCCACUUCUACUGCUACUACUACUACCACCACUUCUACUGCUACUACUACUACCACCACUUCUGCUGCUACUACUACUACCACCACUUCUACUGCUACUACCACCACUUCAACUGAUACUACUACUACCACCACUUCUACUGCUACUACUACUACCACCACUUCUACUACUACUACCACCACUUCUACUGCUAAUACUACUACCUCCACUUCUACUACUACUACCACCACUUCCACUGCUACUAUUACUUCCUCCACUUCUACUGCUACUACUACUACCACCACUUCUACUGCUACUACUACUACCACCACUUCUACUACUACUACCACCACUUCUACUGCUACUACUACUACCACCACUUCUACUACGACUACCACCACUUCUUCUGCUAGUACUACUACCACCAGUUCUACUGCUACUACCACCACUUCUUCUGCUACUACUACUACUACCACCACUUCUACUGUUACUACUACUACCUCCACUUCUACUGCUACUACUACUACCACCAUUUCUACUGCUACUACUACUACAUCCACU